AUGGCGCACUAUGGCAGUCGCAUUGCAGACUACAUAGAUAAAUACACCGAUGCGUUGGCAUCAGGCAUCCGCGACGCCAUAGACCACUCAAGCUGGGUCCCUGACGCUCUGCGGCCACCACCCCGACCGGGCAGCGGGCCCGGAGCCUUUUUCGCCCGCGCCCAGCCUCUGCCGCAAAGUUACCUUGACAAGGCCACGGCCUGGAUAUCCAAGAACCGCAUGGCGAUUGCUAUAGUUGUGGCAUUCGCCGGCACUUCGGUAUACCUUGUCCACAGAAGAAAGAAGGAACAUGCGCGAAAGAGACGGGUGAGGAAACUGCCCAACGGGGCGAAGAAGGAGAUUGUGGUCCUGGCCUGCUCGACAUUCCAUGACCCACUGACCCGGUCUCUGGCUCUUGAUCUGGAGCGACGCGGUUAUGUCGUUUAUGUCACCGUCUCCUCGACGGAAGAAGAUUCUUUGGUUCAGCAGGAAUCAAAGACGGACCUGCGGCCGCUAUGGAUCGACCUGACCUCGACCGUUCCCAAUCCCGCAGUCGAUAUACAUCCCAAUCUGGAACCGAUCAGGGAAUUACUCAAGAAAUCGUCACCUUCUUCAACUCCUCAACGAAAUCGCUCGGCGCAGGGCUCCUCUAUGGGUAACAUGACUCUGGCCGGCAUCAUCGUCUUUCCAGGAUGUUCAGGCUACCCGGAAGGACCGCUCCCUCUGCUCCCGCCAAGUGAUGUGGUUGACACCAUCAAUACACGCCUUGUUUCUCCCCUUCUAACAGUCCAACAAUUUCUCCCCCUCCUAGCAAACAACAGCACCGACCCGAAAUCCCCCUCCUCCAUUGUCGUCGCGUAUCCUUCCAUCCCGAAUUCCUUGUCACCUCCUCGCCAGGUCCCAGAGUGCUUGGUGACAUCGUCACUGUCAGCUCUGGCGUCAUCACUAAGACGAGAGAUUCAUGCCGCAAAAGCGAAUAUCACUGUCACUGAACUCAAACUCGGAAACUUCGAUAUGGGAUCCGUCCCUUCGUCGCGGACGGCAUAUUCACAACCUCCGCCACCAGGCAGCUCACACUAUAAUUCGUCAGCAACAUCGUCGCAGGCUUACUCUUCUUCAGCAUUGACACAUUGGCACUCUUCGCAGCGCGCUGCCCUGCAGCGCAAGAGUCUCGGCCAGCGCAGUUUGAUUCGAGGCUCGUCCGCACGGGAAUUCCACAACGCCGUCUUCGAUGCGCUGGCUCCACCACAGACGUUCAAGGCGUUCGGUCGGUUCGAAUGGACUGCGACGCAUCGGCCACAAGUCGUGUUCGUCGGCAGCGGCGCCCGGCUUUACGACAUUGCCGGUCGAAUCCUGCCUGACGGCUUGGUCGCGUAUAUGAUGGGAUAUAGGAGGAAAGAACAUGAAGGAAGCGGCAUGGGACUUGGGAUUAUGCAUCAGCAUCAGCAGAGAAAUGAGCCUUCUUUCGCAGGGGAGCAGCAACCCGACUCGUCCAGCCAGGGCCACCAUGAAAGGGAAGGGGCCGCCACAGGCACUCCUUCUGCUGCAGCCGCAGCGACGGCCCCGACUUGGGGGUUUGGCUCUACGGGGAGUGAGAGUGGGGUCUGGGAAAAGCUUUGA